AUGAUCACCACCUCGGGAACCAACACAAGAUCAAGGAGAUCUCCUUCCCUCCCCCAUCCUUGGCAGCUUCCUGAUGUCCUGCACGACUCCCAGCGAACCCUCUCCAUCUCUGACCCCGCAUGCACGCCCUCCUUUCGCCCUUCCUCUCCCUACCCGCAUGGCAACCCCCAAUGGCCGGUGACCACGUCCGCCUGGCCACGGCCACGUCCCCCACUCCACCACCCCUCUCUGGUGACCCUAACCGUGUCCGUCGGACACUCCUGGCACGGCAACACCUCGGAGACACACGCCUGGGCCACGCCCAAGACUCUCCUUCGCUGCACGCCGACGCGCCCAGCCGUCGGGUCACGUCGUCGAGCACCACCCGUAGCCCGCCCCAUCGCGUCCUACCCCUCUGUCUCGCAGCACGACGCACGCAUCCCUCCAAAAUACCAGCACCGCCUCUCAGAGCCGCAGCAGCACCGCCUGGCUCGGCCACUCACCCGCUGCCGCCCGCCUCCUCCGUCAGUGCACGGACCGGGUGCACGGUGCACCGGCCGUCGCCCUAUAAAUACCGCGCCACACCCUCCCGUCUCUCAUUUCUUCGCCACCACCUCUCAGAACUCCCCCACCACACCUCCUGGAGCGGAGAGGAGCUCCGCUCCUCCCUGCCGUGAGCACCACCUCGCCGUCUGCCCGCCGGUGAAGGUUGCCGACGCAGAAGACCCGCCGUUUCUUCCCUUCUCCCUGCUCCCUGGAAGCCCCUUGUCCUUCCCGUACUGA